AGCACUUCUCCUGUUCAGACACAUUCAGGGUUUAUCAGAGACUAACAAACUCCCUUUUGGCUUGUGAAAUACCUCAAUGUUUCACCGCAACACAGAAUAAGAAUGCUAAGAGACGCGGCGUGAUGAGAUCCUCUUAAGUCUUUCCUAAGGCUGUGUGGUGUUUUGAGGACUCCAGAUGGUCACGGUGAUGGAAUCCGACUUUUCUCUGCUAUCCUCCUCAAAGGGAGAGUUCAAGCCUGAAGAUUACAUACAGCCGCAUUACAAGGAAGCGUAUCGGUUAGCCAUAGACUGCCUGGUCAAAGAUGGAGAAGCGUCUUAUCAGAGUUUCAUCAAAGAAGAAGGCAUAUGUGAUUUUCUCUCUCGGGAGGAGAUCCAGCAUAUAUCAGAAAACGCUGUGCAGCCGCCAACCGGAAACCACUCUGAGGAGGUGGACUGUCCGCGAGACGAUACCACAUCCACGGGGACAUAUUGGCCCACUCAUUCUGACACCGAACCACCAAACUUGGAUUUAGGCUGGCCGGAUGGUCCGCUCAGAAAAAUAGAGACCAGCAUUGACCUGCUAUUUCACCCACCGAGGCAGAACAGCCCGACUAUCAAAGAAGUGAUCCGGAAACAAAUACAAGACGCCAGGCAGGUCAUAGGCAUCGCGAUGGAUGUUUUCACUGACGUAGACAUCUUUAAAGAAGUGGUAGAUGCCUCUAUCAGGGGAGUUCCUGUCUACAUUCUCCUCGAUCACAAUCACUUCAAGAGCUUUCUGUCCAUGAUUGAAAAACAGGACGUCCAGAUACAAAAACUCAGGAAUAUGAGGAUACGGACAGUGAAAGGCCAGGAAUACUGCUGCAAAUCUGGGGUGAAGUUUCAUGGGGCGAUGGAACAGAAAUUUCUUCUUCUUGACUGCCAAAAAGUGUUUUUUGGAUCAUACAGUUUCAUGUGGUCCUACGAGAAGAUCAACCUCAGCAUGGUUCAGGUCAUAACAGGCCAAUUAGUAGAGACCUACGACGAGGAAUUUCGGACUUUGUUCGCUCGAUCCACAAUCCCAGAGCCGUUUGCUGUUAUAAACCAAGCUGAUAUAAGGCCCAAUGGCAAAAUGGAUGGUUAUGCGAUCAAUUCCAGCAACCCCUUCGAAAGGAAUGAUCAUUUGCGACACACACUUGAUGCCGUUUACAGACAAACCUGUGAACGGAGAUCAGGAUUUUCAACACUGAGAGAAGUUGAAGAAAGGCCACUUAUUACACCACACGCUCGACUGCUUCAAGACACGUCUGAGUUUUACAAAAGACACAGCUACGCCGGAGAACGCCAAGAGCCUGUAUAUCAGCAUAAAGUCUCCAAAUUUGGCUCCAGCAACUGGAACAUUGCCGCAGAAAGCAACCGCUAUGGUGGAUACGUCAACAAUGCGGACAAUCAGUAUGAAAGCUACAUCGUAAAUCCAAUGUUCAGAAGCUCAAACAUGCGUCAGUCAUAUCACGGGCAUGACAAACAAAUCCUCAACAUGAGGCAAAACCUGCCUAGUUUGGCAAACACCUCCAAAUCUUUCCUUCGGACAUGGAGGAUAGAGUCGUACCUCAAUAACAACAAUGAUGCACCCUACGGAGAGAACUACGAUUAUCUGGACCAAUACGAGGAGAAUAAAAUGGCUCCUCCGCAACACUCUCGCAUCAGGUCAUCCAUGGUUUUUACAUCCACCAUACCAGAACAACCGGAGACCAACAGCUACUCCAAUAACUCCAUGUCCUCCAGUUAUGAUCCGGCGCAAAUUCAGUCAAACGCUCAGAGGAUGUAUUCAUCAACGCAGUGGAAUCAGGCAGACAUGCUAAAAAGGCGCAGUUUACAGAUUUUGGAAAACUCCGGGAUUAAUAUGACCUACAAUUCUGGGAGAGAUGCAAUAUAUGCGAGUUUAAACCGAGCCAAAAGUAGAUUCGCAAUCCAAGAGCAAGAUGAUCGUUAUAAAAGGCACAGUUUGGCUGAACCUAGAUGCAAUACGUAUAACAGCGACAUAAACGAGACCUCUGGGUACAUGUACGCUUCUUUACCGAGAAGGCAACGAAGUUGUAUUACACCGACAAUUGAGAAUCCGAGAAUUCUGCCAAAUUUCAAAGAGGACCAGAGAUCAGUUUCGCAUCAAGAUUUCAACAAGGCAGAUGAGAGUGCAACUACCUCGAGAAACACGUGGCAGGAGCCUCCAGUGAGAACUGUGUCAGCUUCGCUUCUGGACACGGAGGAAAGUCAACCUUCAAAGCCCAACAGCACGUCAUCCCAGCACUUCUUCAAAAAGAGCAGCAAGAAAAUCAAAUCCCUUCUAAACAUCCCGCAAAAGAGCGACAGCUCGAGCAAGGGAAAGAACUCGGAGAGUCUCAAAAUGGGAAGCAGCACUGAUACGAUUCUCUCGGAUUGCGAUGAGAAGAAACGACAUGCUAGCACUGCCAAUUCCAACAAAUCCGUGGAGAGCGGCAAACUGAGACGAGCUAAUGGGAAGAUUGAGAAUCACUCUAGUGGCCUGGCGGGAGAGAAAUCUACUCCUCGGUUUAGUACUGAAGAGCUUCAUCCGCCUGUGAAUGCGGAGGCUUCCGAAACGCAGAAACAAUCCUCGGUUGUUGCUCCUAAUGAGAAGAAAGACUCAACAAUAACAAGGCUGGAUCUGUUGCCAAAGCAGCAAGCACCAGCAAACAGGCUGUACAGCAGGUUUGAGCCACUUUGUUCAUUUGAACCCCGGCAUCCAACAGCAGGCCAACCUUCAUACAUGUCUGCGCAGAGCCACGCCAGCGAGAAAACCAGGAAUUCUGUCUUCUUAAGGAGACCGAUGAAUGAGCACAACAGUUAUAUGAACCAGCAGACACAGGGACAUGACAACAGAUUUGGACGUUUCAUUCAAAGGGUUGGGAAUUUGAUACACAAGAACAAGUACUGAAUUAAGCAUGUAAAGGAUGUUGAGGGGAACAAAUGGAAUGAUUAUUAUUAGACAGGUUUGUCAUGCACUAUCCUGCACCUUCCACUGGUCAGAUUAAACAUACUUUAAAUACACUGGUGUGAUUUUAAAUGAAAUUAGGCCAAUUUGAUACAAGAACAAGCACAGAAAUGAGCAUGUAAAUGAUGUUAAAGUUGAAGUGAACAAAUGGAAUUGCAAAAAUAAAAUUCACAAUUAAUUAUUUUUAGACCUUAAGCCUCUUCAGAGUGCUGCUGAAUACAUUUUAAUUCAACUUUCCUAAAUUUUACAUCCUGAAGAGCUGAAAACAGAUAAGAGACUAUUGCAUUGACUUAUCCCAGAGCUAAUGGCUGUCCUAUUUUCAAAAUAGGAGUCCCACAUGCAUAGGCAAUAUAAAAGCUGUGCUAAAUGUAGAAAAUAUGUGUAAUUGUUGCAAUCUCACUAGAAAACUUUGUGGCCAAUCAAACGCUGCCUGAGGCAUGCAUAUUAAUCAACCCAGGCUCAUUCUGAAAACGUACCUCCACGGGCGUUUCUGGAGACCGCGAAAUACGUCGCGGCGGCACGCUUUUCUGCAGUUUUUGUUUUUGCGAAUCCACCAGAGGUCGCCGUGUACGCUUUUCGAGAUCUCAAAUUUCCCUCGCGAGUGCCAUUCACGCCUGUUGUUCUCGCGUAAACCCACCAGAGGCCGCUGUCGACUCACUUUUGGACAGACUUUCUGACUGACUGAGCGAACAAUCGGCUGACCCACCCUCCCCAUUCCCUAAACCCAACCAAUUUUAUCGAUUGACCCGCUCACCCGCUUCCCUGAACCCAACCAACACGUUUCAAACGCAAUCCAAAAUAAUAAAAGCCCUCAUCUGACUCUUUUUACCACAUCCUCACCCUGCUAUUCACUAGUUUGUUUUAUAUUUUGGAUUCAGUUUUUGUCUUACCUGCUUUCUGGAACCGCUCUUCACCGGACUCGAACCCCCGUCUUCGUGGUCAACUCCUCUCUGCAUCUCAAAUCCGCCGACGGACGUGGCGCGCUAACGGGCAAACUAGUUGCAGCCGGAAUGCCGUCCAUACGGAGGUAAGCGGUCAGCUGGUAAGCGCGAAAAGGAACGGCAUCACACCGCCCCGUAGCGUUCGUUUAAAAAAAUGAAAUGCAGCCAUACGUACCUCCGCCUACAUAAUUCGCUGUCUCCAGAAACGUCCGCAGGGCUACGUUUUCACAAUGAGCCUGUGUUGAUAUUAAUUAUGGCGUGAGGAUCAUAAGAGAAUGUGUUUUGUUCCAUUCAUUCAUUCAUUUUCCUUUGGCUUAGUCCCUUAUUCAUCAGGGGUCGCCACAGCGGAAUGAACCAUUAACUAUUCCGACAUAUGUUUUGUUCCAGUUGGCCUGUUUUUCACCAUAAUUGUACACUCACUGGAUUUACAUGAGAAUGAGGAAACAAUGGUCUUUGAGGCUCAUGGUAUGUCAGUAACAUGUACUGAACUCUCAAACAACUAUGCUUAAAUCAGUUUCUCAUUCUUUGGCACUUUUAAUAUCCACAAAAAAUGACACACUUUGGCUUUGACAAUGAAAAAACGCAAUGUUUACUUGAACACAUCAGUGCUUAUGUUUGCCAGCGUUGAAGGACAAUGCUGCAAGUGCUAUUUUGUACACUGUUACUAUUUUGUACUAAUCAUAUUUGUACAUUUAUAAGGAUGUCUUGAAUGGGAAUAUGCUGUUUUUAUGUUUGUGUCACUUGAGUAAUUGCUGUCGUGACAUUUUACCUGAGGUUGACACCUCUAAUUUGGUCUGAUUAAAAGCUGUAGCAAACAUCCAUUCAAGCUUUAAUUGCAGAUCAAUCUGUGCAAACACUUUCCCACAAUUACUGUUGUCGUAAAGUUGACAUUGAACUGCUGGAACGAACGCAAGAUAAAUACUCACUGGUUUGUGGCUAAUUGGUGCUUAGGUGUCUUUAACAGUGACUGACAGAUACUGGCUUUACACAAUAUAUAGGUCAUGAUGUUGCUUGAUUAAAUUGUGUUACAGCUACAUUAAAACAUCUGUAUUUCAGAAUAAAAAAAAGUGAAUUAAUUUCACAAGGUGCAUAUUUACAGUACAUUAUUGUGGAUUUGAGAAACAUCAUCAAAAUGCUAUCUUCUUGCUAUUGCAGCUUCUUUUUUGUAUGUUUUUUUUUUUGCUCAAGUACAAUCACUGUUGCUUUUAACCAAACAGGGUAUAUAAAUAAAUGAACGGCCUUGAAAUA